UGAUGGUGAUCACAUCCUAAGAUCAAAACAUAACCAGACCAGAGGCCGAUAUGGAGCUGCGACUGGCAUGCAGGGCUUCCCUAGUCCUGGUCAUACUGGCCCUGACUCUCUCAGGACAGAGGGUUGAUGCUCAAAGCAGGGCAGGCUGUAAGAAUGUGCACUAUGACCUGGUGUUCAUCCUGGACACGUCAUCCAGUGUGGGGAAGGAGAACUUUGAGAAGAUCCGCCAGUGGGUCUCCAACCUGGUGGAGUCGUUCGACGUGGGCCCGGACAAGACGCGUGUGGCCGUGGUACGCUACAGCGACCGACCCACCACCGAGUUCAACCUGGGACGCUACCGCACCAUGGACGAGGUGAAGAGGGCCGCCAGGAACAUCCGCUACCUGGGAGGGAACACCAUGACUGGGGACGCCAUCAGCUACACCACCACCAACAUCUUCACAGAGCAGGCCGGGGCCAGGCCUGCAGCCAGGGGCAUCCAGAAGGUGGCUAUCCUCCUGACAGACGGGAGGAGCCAGGAUUACGUGUUGGAACCGUCAAAGGCGGCGGCGAAGGCCGGGGUGAGGAUGUUCGCUGUGGGCAUCGGGGAGGCUCUGAAGGUGGAGCUGGAGGAGAUCGUUGCAGAACCUAAGAACGCUCACGUGUUCCAUGUGACAGACUUCAAUGCCAUCGACAAGAUCAGAGGGCGGCUGAGGAGACGGCUCUGUGAAAACGUGCUAUGCCCCAAUAUGAAGGUCCAACCAGACCGCUUCAAGCCCAACAGCACCAGCUAUGGAUUGGAAGAAGUUCCAGGGUUCGACCUGAUGGAAUACUUCAAAGUGGAAAACAUACUGGGAUCAAGGUUUGAUGAGGGCCAGAGCUCCUAUGUUCGACUUGGGACCAUGCCUAUUGUACAACAGACAGAAGACGUGUUCCCUCAAGGUCUGCCAGAUGAAUAUGCCUUUGUGACGACUUUCAAGUUCAGGAAAACCUCGAGACGGGAGGACUGGUACCUCUGGCAGAUCUUUGACAAGUAUGGAAUUCCACAGGUGUCUAUCCGUCUGGACGGUGAGAACAAGGCAGUGGAAUACAACGCAGUGGGGCUGACCAAAGACGCAGUAAGAGCUGUGUUCAAGAACGAGGAGGUGGACAACCUGUUCGACAGGAAUUGGCACAAGAUCGCCCUGAGCGUCGAGGCCAAGGCUGUGUCUCUCUACCUGGACUGUAAAUUCAUCCAGACCCUGCCCAUCGGGGACAGGGAGGACAUCGAUAUCCACGGGAAGACUGUGAUCGGAAAGAGGCUGUAUGACAGCGUGCCCAUUGAUUUUGACCUUCAGAGAAUGAUCAUCUACUGUGAUUCCAAACACGCUGAGCUGGAGACCUGCUGUGAUCUGCCCACCGGGCCGUGCCCCAAGAAGGUGGUGACGGAGGCCCCUCCCAUAGAGAUCCCCACCCCCACCCCUGCAGGUGUGGAGCAGCAGAGAGGACCCCAGGCGGUCAACUGCUCCUGUCCUGCUGGAGAGAGGGGAGAGAUCGGUAUACCUGGCGUUGCAGGGCCCAAGGGUGAAAAGGGUGAUACUGGUGCUCUGGGAGCAGCUGGACCUACUGGCCUCAAGGGAGCCAAAGGAGAAACUGGCAAAGUAAUAACUGUCAAGGGAGACAGAGGUGAGAAGGGGGAUCCCGGUAGCCAGGGGACAUCCGGUGACAAAGGAUCCAAUGGGGAGAAGGGAACCAGUGGAGCGGCAGGUCUUGCUGGGAAAGAUGGAUCUAAAGGAGAAAGAGGUGAAUCUGGGCUGGCAGGCGAUCAGGGAUUACCUGGACCUCUGGGACCAAAGGGAAUUCAAGGAGACUCAGGACUUCCUGGUUCAUCUGGACCCAAAGGUGUCAGUGGUGAAAAAGGUUUGAAAGGAGAUAAGGGAUCUGCAGGAUUAAGGGGUGACAAAGGUCUUGACGGAUUCCCUGGAAAACCUGGUGUCACAGGGAAAGAUGGUUUGGGAGGACUGAUUGGCGCACCUGGAGCCGCUGGAGUGAAAGGGGAAAAGGGAGAGACGGGCCCUGCUGGAAUGCCUGGGGAUAUGGUUCAAAGAGAGGGCUUGAAAGGAGAGGCUGGACCGCCAGGACCUCGUGGCCCUCCAGGACCUGAUGGUCCCCCAGGACCCCCUGGUGCAACUGGUCAACUUGGUUUACCUGGCGAACCUGGAGAGUUUGGCCAAAGGGGCAAGAAAGGUGAAAGUGGAUUACCUGGUGUUGACGGGCUACCCGGACCACCUGGUUCCCAGGGGCCUCCUGGAGGGCAAGGAAACCCUGGACAAACUGGACCUCCUGGUCUACCUGGCGAGAUUGGAUUUUCAGGGAAACCAGGAGAGUCAGGCAAAGCAGGUUUACCUGGAAACGAUGGGCUGGACGGACUUCCAGGAAAUGACGGAGCCAAGGGGCCUAGAGGAGAGUCUGGAUUGGAUGGCUUCCCUGGUAAACCUGGUCCUAAGGGUGAAGAAGGACCACCGGGACCAAGAGGACCUGGAGGAGAGGGGGGACAAGUUGGUUUAACUGGACAACCAGGUGUUGUUGGACCAAAAGGAGAGAAAGGAGGACAGGGUGACCGGGGACAAGGCGGCUCUCUCGGGCCAAAGGGUGACAAAGGUGACAAGGGUAACACGGGACCCAAGGGAACUCCAGGAAUACCAGGAAAUGUGGCCAAUGUUAUCCCUGAGCCUGGUGAGCCUGGAACACCUGGAGAGAGAGGAGAAAAGGGAGAGCAGGGGAAUCCAGGAGAUAUUGGUCAACGAGGAGUGCCUGGUGAACAAGGCUUUACGGGACUGCCCGGACCACAGGGACCUAAAGGUGACAUUGGCCCCAAAGGAGAGACUGGGAGACAAGGAGAGCCUGGUCCUCCAGGAUUGCAGGGUACGCAGGGCACACGUGGACUGCCUGGCAAUGUGGGCAUCCCUGGAACCAUUGGACCACCUGGAAUAGCUGGACAGAGAGGAGAGAGGGGAGAGAUGGGGAAGGAGGGUCGUGGUGGCGCCCCAGGCCCUCCUGGAGAUGCAGGCAUACAAGGACCCCCUGGCCUACCAGGGAAAGGCAAAGACGGACAGAACGGUGAUCCUGGACAGCAGGGAAUUGAAGGACCGCCUGGCCAGAAGGGCCAACCCGGAUCCCAGGGACUUCAGGGGGUUCCAGGGAACAGGGGUCCUCCAGGAGAAGGCAAAGUUGGACCCCCGGGACCUUCAGGGCCAAAUGGUGCAGUUGGACCCCCGGGCAUGAGAGGUCUGUCAGGCGUCGCUGGUACACAGGGACCUGCAGGACACAAUGGUUUACCAGGACGACCAGGAGAGAAGGGAUCCCCAGGAGAGCCAGGAGCAGCAGCAGACUUAUCGGAUUUGAAUCUGAAGGAUGUGUGUUCAGACUGCCCAGCCGGAGCCCCGGGACAGCCUGGUCUGCCAGGGACACCAGGGGACAAGGGACAAGCUGGACUCCCAGGGAAGAACGGACAGGACGGGUACCAAGGCCAGGCAGGCCCGGCCGGUUCCACUGGACCCCCAGGAUCUAACGGAGAAAAGGGUGUGAAAGGUGAUAGAGGACCCCAAGGAGGGCCUGGAGACAAAGGUGAAAUAGGCCACACCGGACCCCCCGGCCACCCCGGUGCUGCUGGCAUCAUGGGGAAUCCUGGUAACAACGGUCAACCCGGCCCCAUCGGUCCCCCAGGAGCCCUUGGAGAAAAAGGCAAGGAGGGGAUGAAGGGAAUCCAGGGGCCACCAGGUCUACCUGGCUUAAUGGGUCAAAUGGGCAAAAUUGGCAAAGAUGGCCGCCAAGGAGAACAAGGAGAAUCUGGUAAACAAGGAGAGCCAGGAGCACCAGGACAACAAGGACUCAGGGGAAUGCCUGGCUUCAAGGGUCACAGAGGAGAGCCUGGACCACCAGGGUCAAAGGGUGAAGAUGGAAAGGAAGGCCGUAGUGGACCAGAGGGUAAACCUGGCCAAGACGGUAAUAUUGGACCACUUGGACCAGAGGGCCUUGCUGGCCGGAGAGGGGAGAAUGGUAAACCUGGUGAACCAGGACCUUCAGGAAAGCCAGGAGCCCCUGGUACUCCUGGUCCGGCUGGAGCCAAGGGAGACCCUGGGAAUCCAGGAUUACCAGGCUUUAGUGGUCCAAAGGGACCUUUGGGUCCUGCUGGUCCUGUCGGCCCAGAGGGAAAACAGGGUAUGUCAGGCAGAGCAGGAGAACGUGGAGUCAAAGGAGAGAGGGGCGACUCAGGUGGGAAGGGAGAUAAGGGAUCUGUUGGAGAUCCAGGUAUGCCUGGUAACCCGGGGCCCCCAGGCCAUAAGGGCCACACAGGGAUGAUGGGUAUGUCCGGCCCCCCAGGAGAGGCGGGACUUACCGGGCCUCAGGGAACACCUGGAAACCCCGGACAACCAGGACCACGGGGAGAGUCAACAUCACUGGAAACAAUGAGAAGGCUGAUCCAGGAGGAACUAGCUAAAGCGUUAGAUGACAAAAUGGCGUACCUGAUGGCCCAGAUCCAGCCGGCCCAUGUGAAGAGCACGGCAGGUCGACCAGGACCUCCAGGCCCCUCGGGGAAAGACGGGAGCCACGGUCGCCCCGGACCUCCAGGGGAGCCUGGCAUGCCUGGGCAGAAUGGAGGAGACGGCAUGAGGGGACCCAUGGGUCCUAAAGGUGAGAGAGGAUCAAGAGGAGACAAAGGAGAAAACGGAGUUGGACAGAGAGGAGAGACUGGACCAUCAGGUCCUAUAGGUCCAGCAGGUAUGCCAGGCUAUGGUAAGGAUGGGCAGUCCGGGGUGGCUGGAGCUCAGGGAGAAGCAGGGAAUCCUGGCCCCCAUGGCCAGCCAGGCCCCAGCGGACCCCCAGGACAGUGUGACCCCUCCCAGUGUGCCUACUACGCUAGUCUGGGAUCACGACCCCACACCAAGAACGUCAAGAGGACUUAAAGAGACAGAGACACACUAACUGCUUCCAAAAUGGCAACCAAUUCCUUGUAUAGUGCACUACUUUGGUCAAAAGUAGUGCACUAUAAAGGGAAUAGGAUGCCAUUUCGGAUGCAGUUAGAGAGCUACAAAUCCAACGUUUUAUGAACUGGGAUGUGUCAGGAUGAACCAAGAACUUUUCUUUCUAUAAAAAUAUAUCUCCAUAGUUUGGAGGGAGCUCGAGAGAAGUGUUCUGCCUGCCUGCCGGUCAGAAUGAGUUUGUUUUUGUUUUUGUUGUGGGGGUUGGGGUUGAAAUGACCAGGGGAAGUGGGUGUGGAGGGUUGGUUAGUGUCUGGUAAUGUUAUCAUCAAGAAUUACGUAAUUUGUUCAACUUAGACGUACUGCCAUUGUUCCUAUCCGGCUUGAAGGACCAUGUAUAAGACCAGCGACUACAGUCCUGCUUACUGGGCUUACUGGGCCUGGGUUCAAAUAGCCUGGCACAAUGGAACCAAUGGAAUAGUCGUCAAAAGUGCAAACCCUGCUGAUCUGGCACUUUAGGCAGGCUCAAUCAAAUGCUCAAAACUAUUUCAAAGAAAACAAAUACCAUCUGUACCCAUGUCUGGUAAAAGAUGGAGCCACAGUUACAGAACGGCCAUUUAUACCAUAAUAGCGUUGUCAGUCUCCCAACGUACACAGUCGUCAGUCUGGUAUGGGUUUAACAUUAGAUUCAACCCAUCAGUCAGUAGCCACAUCAUUGAUCCAGCAGUAGGCAGCUCCUCUGGAGUCAACUGGUAGUGAUCCAGUCAAGUUAUUUCUAUUGAUGGGAAGGGAGCAUUAGCCUGAAUGAGGCACAAUCUGAAAUGUCAAUAUUAAGUUUCAUGGACGGAUCUUUAAUGAGGCUGUGGAUGGUGGUGAACAACUACACCAAUGCUUUGUUUUGCCUUGCUUGUAAGCUUCUAAUAGUGCAAUUGUCUUGAAUAAUGAGAGCCGGGCCACCAGUACAGGACAUGGUGAAUACUGAACUUUCACAUUCUCUGGGUAUCUGUAGAAUUACGAUCUUGACCUUUAUUACAAUCUAAGAUAGUGUGUCAACAACAAAACCAUUGGUGACAGCUUUAAUUGCCUAUUGUGUGUUUGUUCAUUAUUCCUCCAAAGGGAAUCCAACUUCAUGAAUGUGCGUAAGGCCAUUAAGUAGACAAGACCCGUAAGACUUUCAAAAGGAACUGGAAACUACAAAAGGAAAACUACAUUUCCCAUUUCUCUGGUGAUUCCACAGAGUCUGCCAGUAACCAGUCUGGAGAGAGAAGGUAUUUAAACCACAGCUUUUGUUCCAGUCGUUCCUCAAACGUUGCUUGUUUCCUGGCUUCACGCUACGUUCUCUGUAAAGUGUCACUUCCUCCUGCUUAUUAGCCAGUCCCCCUGUGGCACAGGCAGGCCAGGGACACAGUGACUCAAAUAAAGACAUUGUUUUAACUAAAUCGUUAAGUGCUAUACAACAUGAGUUCCUUCUUCCCUGUUUUGUGAUUGGUAAAGUCAGUGAGUAUUCUGUCUGAAGGAUGUCUCUCAUCCCACGUCCCUGGUGGACCAAUUAUACCCUCUCUAAAACUCACAAGAUGAGUCGAGGGAGAGUCAGUGAAAAAAAAUACAAUAGAUUACUCACUGCUCACUCGAGGGGAAUUAUUUUGGCUUGAAAAAUGAGAAGAAAUUUAAGACAUCAACAUUGAGGUUCCGAAAUGUUCAUCAGGUCACCAAGAAAGUAAAAUAGAUAUAUUGUCUUUUAGAUCUUCCUUAUAUGGAUGUGAGCCUGGAUCCAGCAUGUAUUUCUAGAACACAGUAAGAACACCCACAGUCUUCCAGAACCCAGUCCAACAGCCACAGGGUUCCAGAACCUAAGCCAACAGCCACAGUGAAAACCCUGUUUGGCCAUCUGCACCUCAGGUCACUUCACUGAAGGUCGUCCAAAGUGCUCUCCUGAAUAUUUAUAGCUAAAUAUACAGUGUCUACAUUGCCCACUGUACUGUAGCCUAUAAAACUGUGCCUCAUGAUCCAUGGCAGUCAAAGGAACAGAGACAGUAUACUCUUCACUGACUUGCAUACACUUUACUACCACAUCACAGUGGAGAUGUGUGGACUUCGUUAUGAAUUACAUUUCAGAAUGCCAAAUAGGAGAAAUAUAAUAGUAACAUAACGUUUUUUUAAAUGGAAAACGCUUGUUAGCCCAUUGAUAUGAGCAUUAGAAUGUCUGACGUUUGCUGCCACUGCUCACCAUAGAAAAUAAUGCAGAAGGUGCAAGUUUCUAAUUAUGUUUGGCUUGUUUCCUCAUUUCAUAUACAUUUGUGAUAAUUCAAAACAACCAACUGUAUGUAACUGAUUUAGAGUUUUUGUGAAUUAUACUGUUAAAUUAUUCACAGUUUGAAAUACCAGUAGCUUACCGUAUGUGGAAUGUUAAAAAUGUUUUUACGAUGGUAAUCCUUACCUGUUUAUCCUAAAAUAUUGGUGCUAAACUAUCCUAAAUUAGUGGCUGGUAUGCUUGUACGUAUUGGAAAGGUGUAUUAUGUACUGUAUCAUGUUGUAAUAAAGACUGGAACAGCUCA